UGAAGAAGUUUGUCUCUUCUUGGUGACGUCGCACAUCCUGACCGAAUCAAAGCAGCCACGUCUCUUCCUUGUUAGAAUGGCCGCCAGUAAAUCGCCGCGACAGCUCCGGAGCCCCUGGUUACUUCUCCUUCUCAGCGUCUUCUAUGGAAGGACUACGUGCGCGCCAAUCUCUCCUGGAACUUCACCUGUCCCUUUAAGUACAGUUAAUGAGACUACAGUGCUGAAUCUCAAUGUGACAUCUUUGCAGACUUCUGACAAAAGUGCAGAUACAAAUGUUACUGAUCUAGUAGCUGUAAAUAUAACCUCUUUAUCGAGUACUCCUCCUAUUGAAAUUACCUCGACUACACCACAGAGGCUCGCAGACAACAAAACUGCCGCCGUCGCAACAACUUCCGAACUUUCUAAACUCGUUAAACUUACUUCUGCACCUGUUUCUGAAACUCCCGAAGAGCUCACCGUUGACGAUGGCCUGCUGUUUGAAGAGAAGAGCUCCGUUGUCACCACCAUAUCGUACACCAAGGGAGCAGACGUUGAUGAUUAUGACUUGACUAACAAUGACUAUGAUUUGACAUCUAAUGGGGUCGAGGAAUCCAAUCCGGAUGAUGAGCAGCCUAACCCAGUAGUGGAGGAAGAUAACCAUGAUUAUGAUGAUGAUUUGAAUAACUACGUUAUUAAAGCUGGAGUUACUGAUUCUGAUGUGGAAGAAGAUAGCCACUUCUUCUUACACUUGGUACUAAUUGGAUUUUUGAUUGCUGUAGUAUACAUCACUUACCACAACAAAAGAAAGAUCUUCAUCCUGAUACAAAGCAGAAGAUGGCGUGACGGUCUUUGCUCUAAAGGUGUAGGCUAUCGCCGGCUAGAUCAGAAUGUGAAUGAAGCAAUGCCUUCACUUAAAAUGACCAAGGAUUACAUUUUUUAAGAGACUAAAUAUCUUCUGUUUUUUAUGGCCCUAAUUUUGGCCAUAUCGCCAUAAAUCUUACCUAUGGUGUAGUUUGGGUUGCACAUUUUUUUAAAAAUAACAGUUAAUUGUUAAUUUUGUAUUUUCUGCUUUUGAUUGACAAUCCCUUUGCUUCCUUGGAGAGAUCCACUUCAAACUUCAACGGCAUGUGAUCAGAUACGUGUUAGUUAAUUUCAGUGUUUUCCUAACUUAUGGUAACGUGUGUUGGGUAAUGUCUUCUGCUGUGGGGUAUGCCUUUGGUUUAAUGUGCAAAGGCCAAAGUACAUUUUAACUCAAAGCAUAGCACUUACCUCGUAUACUAAUAUGAUCUUGUCCAUAUAGAUAAGGAAAUACUUCUAUUGACUUCCAGGUGUUCUGCUUCUGCAUUUCCCACUUGGCUACAAAUUGUUACUUAAGUGUCCUGAGUCUGGGAACAUAUGUAUAUGUGUAUAUGUAUAUAUAAUGUAUGUAUAUUUUACACACACAGAGAUUUAGAAUCGGUUUUCCGUUGUAAUUUCUAAAAAGGUACUAGGAUAGCAUUCCCUGUGGCUUCCUUCCUAAAUGAAUAAUUGGGUAUCAUCUGGAGUUGACAUGUUUUAGUGUAUUAACCAAUCAAUCCAAGGCAGACUGGUUUACCAUUUCCAUGGAUAAUUUAACUCAGAAAUACAAUGAGUUUAUUGUAAGGGGUUUAAAUAAUUAACCCAUCUUUAAUUUAUUGAGCCACCCCAUACAUGUGGUGUAAUAUUGGUUGUUUUAAAGUGAUCACUAAACUCAAACUACUAUGGCAGCUUAAAAAUAGAUUGACAGACAGAAAAUAAAAA